CGGCUCAUCGGAGCUCAGUAAAGCGUUUCGAGAGUCCGGGGGCAACACAUCUCUCUUUUUCUAUGGCUGGGACACUGCGACUGUCAUGGCUGUUCUACAUUCUCCUGUUUCUUCUGGACGGGCUGCAAGGAGAGCCGGGGGACGCAGCGGCGGCACAGGGACGGAACGGGAGGGACAUCAGCAGUGAUCAGCCGCGCAUGCUGUCAGACAACGGUCACCUUGUGUUCACCACCGGGGACAACAAAGAGAUCCGCUUCCAGACGUCCGCAUCGGGCCGAGUUAAAGUGGGUAAUGAAGACCUCACCCUACUCCUGAGUCAGAUCAAAACCAACAAAGACGACAUUGAUAACAUUAAGUCUCACGGAGGCGGAGUUCCCCCUGACAUCGCCAACAAGCUAAACCAGCUCGAUACUCGGACGUCUUCGCUCGAGACCAAAGUGUCUGCACUUGAACUGACGGUGCAGAGGACGUCCUGCAGCAGCAAUCCCUGUCAGAAUGGAGCAACGUGUCUGAACUUACUCAGCUCAUUCCACUGUUUGUGUCCCGAAAACUGGGCUGGUCCUAACUGUGCCACAGAUGUCAACGAAUGUCAGAUUCACUCAGGAACGUUUCAGGGUUGUCAGAAUGGAGGAACCUGUGUCAACACCCCUGGAUCAUUCAGCUGUACCUGCUCUCCAGAAUGGUCCGGCUCUCUCUGCACUGUGCGUUAUGACGACUGCAGAAAUGCAGGACGGGACUUGUGCGUACAUGGCACGUGUAUUGAUGCAGACCGGCUUGUUGCUGGACAGCCGAAAUACCAGUGCAUCUGUGAGGGCGGCUGGGAGGCUCCUGCUGGGAACUCGGCCUGCGUGGCUGAUGUCAAUGAAUGUAACCUGUCCAUCAAGCCUUGCUCCACCAACCCCAUAGUUCCCUGCCACAACACCCAGGGUUCCUUCUACUGCGGAGCCUGUCCCGCUGGCUGGCAAGGCAACGGUUACAGCUGUCAGGAUGUGAACGAGUGUUCGUCCAAUAACGGCGGCUGCUCCACCGCUCCCAUGGUGCAGUGCCUGAACACGAUGGGCUCCUUCCACUGUGGCACCUGCCCUCAAGGUUACGAGGGGGAUGGGAGAACAUGCACCCAGGCCAGUAUCUGCGCUACCAACAACGGAGGCUGUUCCCCAUUAGCUACUUGCUCCUCAAGCUCAGCUUCAAGCUUCCCUAUAUGUACCUGCCUUCCUGGCUACGCGGGCAAUGGUUUUGGGCCGACGGGUUGCACCCAGACCAGCAACAUAUGUCAGACCAACAACCCUUGUGUCCACGGACAGUGUGUGGCCACAACCUCAGCUCCGGGCUACAUCUGCAAUUGCAACUCUGGCUGGCAAGGCGUGAACUGUGACCAGAACACCAACGAAUGCUCAAGCAAUCCCUGUCAAAACGGAGGAACCUGCACCGACGGCACGGACGGAUUCACGUGUACUUGCACGGCCCAGUGGACCGGCCCGCUCUGCCAGAACGCACAGCAAGAGUGUGGAGGUUACCUGACCGGCCCUGCGGGCUCCUUCAGCUACCCCAACACUCCAGGUGGCGAUGAAUACGAUCACCUCGUCAGCUGUGCCUGGGUGAUCCGAACUGACCCAGACAAGAUUCUGCGCAUUACCUUUCCUUACUUCCACUUGGAGAGCAGUGCCAACUGCAACUUCGACUUCCUUCAGAUUCAAGAUGGGGACAGUCCCUCGGCUUUCAUAAUCGGCAAAUACUGCGGCCAAAAUAACCCGCAGGAGCUCUUCAGCUCCCACCAUUCCCUAUAUUUCUGGUUUCGCUCUGACCACUCUAUCAGUGCCGGCGGCUUCACAGUUGUUUGGGAGUCCCGGGAACCAGUGUGUGGAGGCGAACUAACUGCUCCCUAUGGCAACAUCAACUCACCUGGCUACCCUGGAAACUACCCACCGGGGCGGGACUGCUAUUGGACAGUGACAGUGGAGCCGGGCAAGCUCAUUACCUUCGCGUUCGGGACUCUCAGUCUGGAGCAGCACCAAGACUGCAGCUAUGACUACUUAGAAAUCCGGGACGGUCUUCUGCCCGAAGACCAAGUUCUGGGGAAAUAUUGCAGUACUUCGUCACCUGCACCCCUGCAGACAACGGGUCCGGCUGCGUGGAUCCACUUCCACUCUGACUUCAGUAUCUCCGACCGAGGCUUCCACAUCACAUACACAACGUCGCCAAGUGACCCUGGUUGUGGUGGUACCUUUACUGACAGCGAGGGCAUCAUCAUCUCCCCCAACUGGCCCAACGACUAUGCCCACAAUCGGCAGUGUAUCUACUUGAUCAGGAUUCCCGUCAGCGAGAAGGUGGCCCUCAACUUCACUCACAUGAACCUGGAGAGUCACAGCAUGUGUACUUUUGACUAUGUGGAGGUUCGUGAUGGCAGGCUGGAGACUGAUCCUCUGAUAGGGAAGUACUGUGGGAGCUCCCUGCCGGCUCCCAUCGUCUCAUCCUCCAACUUGCUGUGGGUUCGCUUCAGGUCCGACAGCUCAGUCAGCCGGGCAGGUUUCAGGGCAGUCUAUACCAUUGCUUGUGGAGGAACUUUGUCUGGGACGGGCCAGCUACGCUCUCCGUACCACCCCGACGCCUAUCCCCACAACAAGGUCUGUGAGUGGGUCAUCAACCAGCCAGAGGGCUACGUGGUCACACUCAACUUCCUGUCGUUUGACGUCGAGGGAAAUUCCUGUCGGUAUGACUUUGUCGAGGUGAGAGACGGCUCCACAUCCAGCUCUCCUCUGCUGGGGACAUUCUGUAGUGACGCGAUUCCCCCCAGGCUCCAGUCCACUCAGAGAUCCAUGUACAUCAAAUUCAAGACCGACUCGUCCGUCAGCAACCACGGCUUUGAGGCCGCCUACGGCUCUGCCUUGGAGGGCUGUGGUGAUACCCUGAGCAGUCCCUCAGGCACCAUCACAAGCCCCGGCCACCCGACCAACUACCCCCACGGUGCCAACUGCACCUGGUACAUCGCCGUCUCCCCGGGCAACCUGGUUCGGCUGUCUUUUGACUCCUUCAACUUGGAGUACCACAGUAACUGUGCCUAUGACUAUGUGGAGGUCUAUGACAAUGGCACCGUGCAGACCGGCACCAAGAUUGGCAGGUACUGCGGGCGUUCGGUGCCUCCAUCCAUCACCAGCACUGACAGCAUGUUGACGCUGCUGUUUGUGACUGACUCCAGUAUGGCCACAGAGGGAUUCUCUGCCAGCUACGUCUCCAUCAACGCUACCACAGAUUGUAGUGAGACCUUCACCUCCCCGACAGGCUCCUUCUUUUCACCCAAUUACCCCAGCAACUACCCCACUAGCAGAGACUGCGUUUUCAAGAUCACCGUGCAGGUCAACAUGCAGAUAAUGCUGAACUUCACCAGCUUCGACCUGGAGGGAUCCCCCAAUUGCCACUAUGACUUUGUGGAGAUCAGGGAUGGCGGUUACGAGACGUCUCCCUUGAUUGGCAAGUUCUGUGCCAAUCAGGGGCCUCCGGUCCUGGUAUCCCAUAGCAACCGUCUUUGGGUUAGAUUCCGCUCCGAUGUAAUCAGCACGCGUAGCGGAUUCUUCGCCCACUGGGACGGCUCACAGACUGGCUGCGGAGGAACGUUGACAACUGCCUCUGGGGCAUUUUCCUCCCCGAACUACCCCCUGCCCUAUCACCCUAAUGCCGAGUGCUACUGGAACAUCAGGACCAACCAAGGCAACGAGCUCCUUCUCUCGUUCUCCGAUUUCCACCUUGAGUCCAGCUCCACCUGCUCCUACGAUUACUUGGCUGUGCAUGACGGUAACAGCGGCAGUGCCCCACAGCUUGCCAAUUUGUGUGGCAACCAGCUGCCCAGCGUCAUCAACUCCUCCUCAAAUCAACUUUAUGUCAAACUACGCACCGACAACAGCGUCAGUACCGGAGGCUUCCUCGCAUCAUACACCUCAAACUGCCGUAACGUGAGUAUCUCAAGACGACAGUCGGGAGCAGUGGAGUCGCUGAACUUCCCCAACGACUACCCAUACAACUCCCAGUGCAGCUGGACCAUCCACGCCAGCAGUGGAAACACCAUCAACUACACCUUCACUGCCUUCCAGCUGGAGGCCUUCAGCAGCUGCAGAUACGACUACAUAAAGCUCUAUAACGGACCUGACGAGCGGGCUCCUCUCAUUGGUACAUACUGUGGAUACACGCCCCCUCCAGCCAACGGCACCACAAGCUCGGCCCUCACGGUGGUGUUCACAACCGACGGGUCCGUGUCCAAGUCUGGCUUCCAGAUGAUGUGGUACCAGAAUGGUUGUGGCCAGGAGCUCUCCGGCCCCAGCGGUUCCUUCAACAGCCCGGACUACCCCAACAGGUAUCCAGAAAACAGGGAGUGUAUCUGGUACAUCACCACAUCGGCGGGCAGCAGCAUCACCCUCACCAUCCACGAGUUCGACGUGGAGUUCCACCAGGACUGCAACUACGAUGUGCUGCAAGUGUAUGGAGGCCCAGACCUGUCAGCCCCGCGGCUGGUCCAGCUCUGCAGCACCACAUCCAGCCCAAUGCAGGUCUCCAGCACUGGCAACCUGCUCACGGUGCGCUUCAAGUCUGAUGCCUAUGUCAGCGGACGAGGAUUCAACGCGAGCUGGAAUGAAGUCCCGGGAGGCUGCGGGGGCCCAGUCACCGCUCCGUCGGGGGAGAUCCAUUCUCCGUCCUAUCCCGGCAGCUAUCCCAACAAUGUGGACUGUUCCUGGGUCAUCAGCGUCGAUUCCCACCACCGCGUCUUCUUCAAUUUCUCCGACCUGGACAUCGAACCUCACAGCAGCUGCCUCUGGGACUACGUGGCUAUUCACGAUGGUCCGACCACAUCUUCUCCGCUGCUCGCCCGUGUUUGUGGCACCAGUCUUCCUCCGUCCAUCACCUCCACGCAGAACAUCAUCACUGUUCGCUUCAGGUCGGACUCCAGCCGCAGCCACCGCGGUUUCAGCGCUCACUUCUCCGAGGCCUGUGGUGCGACCAUUGUCACUGACAAUGAGGGCGGGGCCAUUGCAUCGCCACGGUACCCGGCACCAUACCCACCCAAUCAGAACUGCAGCUGGAUCAUCAGCGCACAGGAACCAUUCAACCAUGUGACACUGUCAUUCACCGAAUUUGACUUAGAGAGGGUCUACUCCAACUGCUCCCAUGACGCUGUGGAGGUCCUGGAUGGAGACAACUACCAGGCGCCGUCAAUAGGGCGCUAUUGUGGCACGGAAUUACCUCAUCCGGUGACGUCCUUCAGUAACUCUCUGGUGGUCAACUUCGUCUCCGACCGCUCCGUCUCCAUGAAAGGUUUCCGGGCCACCUACUCCGCAUCCACCUCCAGUUGCGGAGGAGAUCUGCUGAUGGAGAGCGGUGCGUUCAACAGUCCCAACUAUCCCGACGCUUACCCGCCCAACGUGGAGUGUGUGUGGACCAUCAAGAGCUCACCGGGAAACCGUCUCCAGCUCUCAUUCAUUAUCUUUCACCUGCAGGGCGACUCUGGCUGCCACAACGACUACCUGGAAAUCAGAGAGGGAAACUCCACCGGGUCUCUGGUCGGGCGCUUUUGCGGGACCUCGCUCCCCUCCAACUACACCUCCGUGAUCGGCCAUAUCCUGUGGGUCAAGUUCGUCUCGGAUUCAUCAAUUAGCGGAGCCGGAUUCAGAGCCACCUUCUCACACUUGUAUGGUAAUGACUUGGUGGGGGAUAUGGGUCAGAUUGCGUCCCCGCUGUAUCCCAGAACGUACCCGAGUAAUGCCGACUACCGCUGGACCGUAACUGUGGAGGGAGGCAGCUACAUCCAGAUCCGCUUCUUGGACAUCGACAUCGAGGACCUGUACGACUGCUACUACGACGACCUCAAGAUAUUCGACGGCCCCAGUGUACAUCACUAUCACAUCGGGACAUUCUGUGGCCUGGGCCUGCCCCCUCCCGUGAGGAGUACUGGCAGCACGGUCACCCUGCAGUUCACGUCGGACUCGGUGACAGGAGGACGAGGCUUCCUUGUGGAAUGGACCGCUGUGCAGGACUCUGGACCGCCACCCACCAUCCCACCAGGUGCAUGCGGUGGGGUGCUAAUAGCCGGAGAGACUCCUGGCUUCUUCUUUUCCCCCGGCUGGCCUGAGGAGUACCCUAAUGACCAGGAGUGCACCUGGUUGAUUCGUUCUCCAGACUCGAUUGUAGAGUUCAACAUCUUGUCUCUGGACAUGGAGGACUACCCCACCUGCUACUUCGACAGCCUAGUCAUCAGAGACGGUGGGUCCAGUCUAGCCCCGGUGCUGGCCAAUGUGUGUGGUCGGGAUCCCCCGGGUCCCCUGCACUCGACAGGAGAUUCCAUGUUCAUUCACUUCUCCUCGGACAGCAGCGUCAACGGCCGAGGCUUUAACGCCUCCUACUCCAGAGGUUGCGGUGGCCUUCUGCACGUAGACCGCGGUGUGGUGAGCAGUCCGCACUACCCCCAGAACUACAUGCCCGGUCUGGACUGUAGCUGGCACGUGAUGGUGACGCCGGGCUUCAGGGUUUCUGUCACCUUCCAGAGCCCCUUCCAGAUUCAAGGCUAUGGAACGGCAUGCAGCUCAGGAGACUACCUCGAGCUUAGGAACGGUCCGGACGGUUCAUCUCCAUUACUGGGGGGACGUCUCUGUGGUACAAGUCCCCCGUCCCUCCUCCAGACGACCGACAACCACCUCUUCCUUCACUUCCUGUCCGAUGGCAGUAAUGAGGCCAGUGGCUUCAAGCUGACAUUUGAGGCCCACAGUCAGGCGUGCGGCGGCUUCAUCGAGCUGAGCCAUAACGAUCCUCCGGGCUACAUCACUUCGCCCAACUACCCUCAGAACUACCCCCAGAACGUCGACUGUGUCUGGGUCAUCACCGUGCCCAAUGGAGAAGCUGUGCAAAUAGACUUUGAGGAUGAAAUCUACAUUGAGCCCACGACCCAAUGCUUGUAUGACUACUUGGAGGUGCGCGACGGCUCAACCACCAACGCCGACUUGAUUUCCCGACUGUGCGGCAACACCCGACCAUCUACCCAGCACUCGACGGGUUCCUCCAUGCUUCUCCGGUUUCGCACCGACACCAGCGUCACGCACAAGGGCUUCAAGGCAAAGUACUCCAAGGCCACUUGUGGAGGGACCUACAUAGGUCAGAGGGGUGUAAUCUCCAGCCCUGGCUUCCCGGGGUCCAACUACCCUGACGGCUCCAGCUGUGAGUGGUACCUGGAGGGCCCCACUGGGCACUACCUCACCCUCGGCUUCAGGAACUUCAGUGUGCAGGCCACUUCAGGAUGCUCCGCGGACUAUGUGGAGAUCAGAGAGUACAAUGCCUCAGGACGCCUGCUGGGCCGACACUGUGGCUCUAACCUUCCAGCUUCCAUGGACACGUCCGACAGUUUCGCCUACGUCAAGUUCGUCAGUGACAACAGCGGAAACGCAGCUGGAUUCAGUCUGUCGUUUGAGGCCAGCGUUGAAGCCUGCGGAGGAGAGCUGAACGCUCCCUCGGGAACCAUCUCCUCCCCCAACUACCCCAACUUGUACCCCCACAGCCGGGUGUGUCGCUGGGAGCUGGUGGUGCCGGCGGGCCGCCGAGUCACGCUCACCAUUAAUGACCUGCGGCUGGAGGAGUCUGGUUCUUCCUGUGUGUUUGACUACGUUGAAGCACUGAACGGGUUCAUGGACGAUGCCCCUCGCCUGCAGCGAUUCUGUGGCUCAGUACCGGCAGGCACCCAGGUUCGCUCCUCUGGCAACACCAUGACCGUUGUGUUCCGCUCUGACGCCUCAGAGUCCAACGGCGGCUUCACGGCGUCUUACUCCUCUGAGGAGCCUGCAGUGUGUGGUGGAGUCCUGAACAACCCAGUGGGCGGGAACUUCACUUCGCCCGGGUACCUGGUGUCCAACUACAGCAACAACCUCAACUGCGAGUGGCUCAUCCGGAACCCACAGCACAUCAACUCCUCCAUCGUGGUGCUGAUAGAGGACAUGCACCUGGAGAACCACCAGAUCUGCGAGUCCGACUACCUCCAGUUCCGUUUGGGUAACUAUGAUGGGGAGCUGCUGGCCAAGUUUUGCGGGCAGACCGUCCCCACAAUUCCCAUCGUGGUCUUCACCCCGGAGCUCUGGGUCCAUUUCCAGACUGACGCCUCCCAGGGAGACCUAGGCUUCAAGGCCAAGUACAUGUUCUCUGAAUGUGGAGGAUUGCAGACUGGUGAGGGAGGGGUGCUGUCCAGUCCGAAUUACCCCAGUAUCUACCCCAGCCCCAGUCGCUGCGCUUGGCUGCUCGAGGCUCCAGUGGGCCACACCAUUACGCUCAGCUUCACCUACUUCAACCUGGAGCCCCACUCCACAUGUGGCUGGGACUCUGUCACCAUUUUCAACGGAGGAUCCCCGGGCUCCCCCGUCAUCGGCCAGUACUGCGGCGUGACUUCCCCGGGGACCAUCAAGUCCGGAUCCAACAGGCUCGCCGUCGUCUUCCUGGCGGACCACAGCGUGUCCAGAGGAGGCUUUGUAGCCUCCUGGUCGGCCGAUUCGUCGGGCUGCGGAGGGGUGAUACACGCCGACUCUGGAAUUUUCAAGUCUCCAAACUAUCCCCAGAACUUCCCGCCCAAUGUCGAGUGUUCCUGGCAGAUCAUUGCCCACGAGGGAAACCACCUGGAGAUGAGCUUCAACGGCGAUUUCCAGAUUCCGGACAGCACCGGGACCUGCCAGAACAGCUACGUCAAGGUGUGGUCAGGUCAGAACCAACGUCCCGAGGCUCUGCUGUCAACAAGCUGUGGCUCCACGGCCCCGGGCCCCGUCAUCGCUCCGUCUAACGUCAUCACCAGCCGAUUCCAGGCCACGGAAGCCACCGGCAAAGGCUUCUCAGCCUCCUUCAGCACCAGAUGCGGUGCAAACUUCACGGCUCCCAACGGACGCGUGGUUUCUCCAAAUUACCCGGCCGACUAUCCCGACUGGUCCAACUGCAACUACACCAUAGACGCCGGAGCACAGACGGUGAUCGUCGUCGUCUUUCAGGUCUUCCAAGUUGAAGCGGACUCCACCUGUCAGUAUGACGGGCUGAAGAUCUACGGCCUGGCUACCAGCAGCACUCCCAUCGCCACGUUGUGUGGCACCAGCGUCCCGGGGUCCUUCUCCACCUUCGGGCCCAUGCUACUCCACUUCUACUCUGACUCUGUGGUCAGCGACAAUGGCUUCAUGGCAGAGUACAGAGCCAUCCCAUGUGGUGGUUUCUUCAACAGCACCAUGGGAACCGUGAGCAGUCCGGCUCUCUCCAUGACCAACUACCACCACAACAUCAACUGCACCUACCACAUCAUGGUCCCAGCAGGCAAAGUAGUGGAUCUCAAGUUCAACACCUUCCACCUGGAGGCGUCGUCUUCCUGCCGCUACGACUACGUGGCGGUUUACGACGGACCGGACACCCUGUCGCCCCUGAUGGGGAAAUUCUGCGGCGCGGUGCUCCCGCCCAACCUGCGCUCCUCCGCCAACCAGCUGUUCAUCGUCUUCAGGACGGACGCCUCGGUGGGCGGGAUCGGCUGGAGGGCCGUCUACAGCGAGACGCUCGGUCCGGCGCAGGGAUGUGGCGGCUACCUGUCCAUGCCCAUGGGCAUGUUUGGUUCCCCAGAUCCGAACCUGGACGGGAGUUACGAGCCAAGGAUGGACUGCAUGUGGACCAUCGAGAUGCCGGUCAACAGGGCCGUCAACCUGACCUUCAACUCUUUCGAGCUGGAGUCCUCCUCUACCUGCCGCUACGACUCCGUCAAAGUGUAUGAUGGUGACAACAUUAACUUCCCUCUGGUCGGGACUUUUUGCGGAAGCUCCGCCCCUGCUUUCUUCGUAUCGAGCGGCAACUUCCUGACCGUUCACUUUGUCACCGACAACUCGGUGCAGCGGCGAGGCUUCAAUGCUACCUACAGAGUCGUGCCUUUGCUCUGCGGCGGCACUCUGAACACCACAACCACCGUCCAGACCCUAAGCUCGCCCUCCUUCCCCAAUGCAUAUCCUCCUUUCACCUCCUGCCGCUGGAUACUGGAUGCUCCGGCACAGGAAACCAUCAAACUGUCAUUCCAGAACUUUGCGCUCCAGCCCGGCCAGAGCUGCUCCACAAACUUCCUGGAGAUGAGGGACUGGCCUGUGGGAGACUAUGGGCAGUCGCUCAAGUUCUGCGCGUCUGACGCUCGUCCGCAAGACUUCUACAGCUACAGCAGGACGGUGCACGUCGACUUCAAGUCUGACACCUUUGUGUCGGGAAAUGGCCUGAGUUUCACCUAUCAGAUCGCAAGCUGCAGCCGAACCUACGAACAGGAACACGGCCACCUGAAGAGCCCGGGCUGGCCUGACAUCUACCCCCACAACAUGGACUGCACCAUCCUCCUGAAGGCACCGCAGAACCACUACAUCUCCUUCUUCUUCAACAGUUUUGAUCUGGAGAGCCACAGCAGUUGUGGCUUCGACUAUCUGGAGAUUCGUAACGGCAGCACAGCUGAAUCGCCACUGGUUGGGAAGUUCUGUGGCAGCACGCUGCCCAGCCCCGUCUUCCCACAAUCCAAUCUGCUCUACUUGCGCUUCAAGAGCGACUACUCCGGCGCCCGGGACGGCUUUGAGGCCACGUGGACGUCCUCUCCUCACGCUUGCGGUGGCAAUCUGUCCGGAGACCACGGCUCGCUCGCCAGUCCCAACUACCCUGGCACCUACCCCAACAACACCCGCUGUGAGUGGAGCAUCAGGGCUCCCAGGGGCCGCGUGGUGACAGUCAUCUUUGCCCAGAUCAGUAUCGACGACCCCGGAGACUGCCAGAGCAACUACUUGAAGUUGUACGAUGGCCCCGACGCGUCCUCGUCGCCCGCCGGGCCGUACUGCGGAGCGGAAACCAACAUCGCACCGUUCACAGCCUCCUCCCAUCACGUGUACGUCGUCUUCCAAGCCCAGUAUUCCACCCUGCAGUCGGGCUUUAGACUCACCUGGAGCAGCUGAGAGUGACACACACACACACACACACACACACACACACACACACACACACACACACACACACGAGGUUGCUGACGAUUUAACUAAUCAUGCUGUGCAUUUAUGUUUGACCAAACUGAUGUAAAUAAUAAAUUAAAAUGUCUAUUCUGUUAUAGUAAAUACAUGAUUCCUGAAGUACAA